CGCCUAGGCUCAAUUAGGUGCUAGGCGGUGGAGGAUCGCCUUGACUUGGCCAUAGGCGUUGUAAAAGGAGCUGGUAGCGCUUAGUAGGUAGGAAUAGCGGUUAGUUUGCGCCUAGUGGAGAGAAGGCGUUCCUAGGCAAGCUUAGGCGGUUAAACCCAAUACUCUUCGUUUUGUCCUAGAAAAUCAUUAAAUUGCCUCUUGCCCUAGAAAAUCAGAAACACGGGAAGGGAUGACCAUGCUAUGUAUGUAUUCGUAAAUGAGGAUGAGGAAUCAUAUUGUGCACCCUUGAGUACUGUUACAGAUGCAAUGGCGGGUGAACAGAGUGAGCUUCGUAGGAGUGCACGAGUGAGAGAGCUCCAUGAUGAAGAAUUAGAGUCUGAAGAGGAGGAAGAGGAGGAGGAUGGUGAGGAGAUUGCUUUUGAGGAUGAUGAAGUGGUGGCUGGACGGACCUACUUGGAUGAUGAAGAAUGAACAUUUUCCUAUGAACUUAUUGACUAUGGUUUAGUAUUUCGACAUUUUAUGAACUUGUGAUUUUAGGAAGUGGUCACUAUUUGCUUGUUAUUUGUUAUGUUAAGUGUUUACUGAUAAGAAUUAGGCAUUGCUAAUUUUAUAUGCACUUGGAUUAUAUGAAUUAUUCCAGAAAACAGGAAAUAUUUGAGAACUUUUUCCAUUUAUGCUCUAAACGCCUAGGCGCGCCUAGGCUACGCCUAAUCAGGCAAGACGCAAGUCAGGAGCCGAGCGCCUGCCUUACGCCUAGCGCCUUUUAGAACCUUGUGCAUACAUCACCAGGUUGAUGCCAACCCUUUUUUAUCUAUAACUUCCCACAAUGUUCUUCUUGCUUCUUUACUUUUACUACCACCAAACUGCAACUCUCCUGUUGUUGCUUGUACUAUAUUUGGUCACCAACCUCUGUUGAGUAUCUUCUCGUUGUUGUUUUAGGUCACAACUUCCAAUGGUGGAUUGCCCUUGGUAACCUUUAACAUAACUCAUUCCAUGUCUCUUUUGUUGAUCAAUCUUGUACAUAAACUUAGUCUCUUAGUUAGGAUUCUUAGUGGCUUAACUAAGCGUGCCUGUUUCAUCCUUAACUAGUUGUCUCCUCUGGAGCCCUCCUAACAUGCCGCGCCCACUCAGAGUGGGGCACCUUGGAUAAGGUAACUUCUCUCUUUCCUCCUUCUCGGUAAUGCUUUCCCACAUCGUACCUCUUUGUGCAUCUCCUUGACCUCGAGUCACCUGAGACUUGACCCAUUGACUUCUUGAAAUCUCGUCAAAGUCCCUCUGGCCUUUUUGCUCUUUCUUGGUAUUGUUCGCAAACUCUCUUCAUUACGACCGUUUAGACUCUUCCUCGAAUUCUCCAACUUUCAUUAGAACUUCUAAUGAACGUUGUACUUGCUUGUCUAUACCCGGUUGAUUGAAUGAUUUACUCCUACGGCUGGUUCCGAGACUCCCUCCCUUGGACCUCUAGUUCCCACUUUAGACUUUCCCAAUGGAUUCCUUGAAAUUUCACGAUUUUUUUAUUCUCCUUGAUCAUGGUAAUUUGCAGGGUCUCUCAACCCCUUCUCAUACCUUGUCCUCUAGCUUGCGCUUGGAAGGUGUAUAGCAUGCCUGAUCUAACAUCAACCUCUACAUCAUUUAUCUUGUUGCUUGUCUUGUUCCUUUUAAAGUCUUGCUAUCAGCCUAACUCCCCAGGGUCAUGUACCCUCUUCUCUAGUGAGGUAGUUUAUCUAUAAGGGUUCCUUUAUCGUCAUAUGGAAAUGACCAUGACUCCUCUCCUCCUUGACCUGUUGACUUCUUGACAUCCUUUCAUACUCCAUGUGACUUACUUAUUACCUCAUUUGCUUCAUUUAUCCUACCUUAGCUGUUCUUGAAGCCGAAGCUUUCCACUACUCCUUGUCACUGUGUUGUAAUAGCAUCGAGCCAUCAACAACUAAAAUUAGUUGGGGGACUUCUCGUGGUACCUCUUCGUUUCUUUACUCUUUGCUUUCUCGCCACUGCUUAGGGUCAAGGACCCUGAAAUCCUCCCAUCAUUAUUGCUACUGACAUCUAGUGAUUGUAGCUCUUUCUUCGGAGAUUCAUAGUUCUCCUAUUUGUUCGCUUUUGCUUAUUAGAUCCUCUCUUUGCUGCCUAGUAGUUGAAUCCUCGUACUACUCCUUCAAAAUCCUAGAGGUAUUCCUCUACGAUUGAAACCUCUUCUAUUAGAACUUUAGUUAUUUACCUUAAUACGAUCAUAGUAGACUGGAGAUUCUAUCAACUCUUAAAAGGAGACCCUUGACUCAUUUUCCUUUCCUUUAAAACAAAACCUUUAAAAACUGAGACCGACAUUCCCGUAUUCCUUGGAGACCAAGGAACAGAGGAAGACCGGCUCUGAUACCAAAAUGAAACACCCUAACCCGGCCGGGUACUACUUUUACUAAAAUGCCCUUGACAAAUAAAAUACUCAAAUCUUA